AUGGAGCCGAGUCCAACAGCCGUCGGCCCCAUCCUCGACGAGGACCAAUACCGAUGGGCAGUUCUCCGACAGCCCUCCGCCGAGGCCGAACAGGCGCGGGCGCAGCAACUGGCCGAUGAGGCGCGACAGUUGGGAUUGAAAGUACCGGAGAUCGAGGCAUCGGCACCGCUGGCGGCCUCGAUCGCGUCGGGAAUGGUCGAUCUUUCCUCUCCGGUUCUCUCAUCGGGGUCGUCGACGGAUCGCAAUUCCAUCUGCGGCGAUAUCACCCCGUCGCACGAGCCGGCCUCGCACUCCCACUCGCCUCUCGACCAGGUCGUCUCGUCCUUCUCGGAAAUCACCUUCGCUUCCUCGGACCGGGCCAAGCCUAGCAGUACGCGGUCGCUAGCCUCGCUCUCCACUCGUCCUACCUCCUACUGUUCCAGCGAGGGCAAAGCCAACCACCAUGGCGGCAGUCCUUACAACCAAAGUGAAUGGUUCGCAGCCAGGAAGGCGAAUCGGAAUUCCAUGCUCAGUAUCGCCUCCUUCGCCUCGUCCUCCGAUAAGAAAGAGAAGCGGCGGAGCAGUUUGAAGGAGGCUAUUGGGCGCAUAUAUUUCCGCAGGAAACGGGCUCCGUCAACGGUCGUGCUGCCCCCCGAGUCGCGUGUCACCGUUUCAAAGGGCGAAAGUGGAAGCGUGGAACGAAUAUAUAUCGAGUCCAAGCCAGACCUUGGCCAACGUCCAGGAACUGCUCCCGGUGGUAACACCGAUGGCUCGUUUCUCCAGCUGGAGAUCCCCGUUUUUGACAAAGAAGCGCUUCAGAGGAGCUUGGAUGAUCCGCAGCUGAGUGAGAUGUCGGAACGGCAUCGCUUGGAAAGAAACCGGCAUGUCGCAUUCCAGGAAACCUCCCUCAGCAUCCUCCGGCGCCGGCACCAGGCCGUUGUUUCUGCGCGGCAGUCCGAUAAUCGGCGCCUGGAGGAAGAAAAGAGCGAGAAGAAUAUUGCCGCCGCCAUCCGGAUCGAAGAACGCCAGCUUGCGAUGGAAAUAGAACAGCAGCGUGAGUUCGAGCGCGCCAAGAUCAACUCUCGCACACGCAUCAAGCACAUGGAGGGGUAUUUCCGUAACGCCAGUCCUCCACCGUCUUCCUCGCCCACCCCUCCAGCAACGGGAUCUUCCGAGUCCAUCCCAAAAGCCGACAUGACCACCCCGUCGCCAGCGCGCCGUUUUACACGCCAGCACAUGGAGCAGCUGGAGCAACAAUACCACGCCCACGAGUCCAUGGAUGCACUGCACGAGGCCCGCCUCAAGGUCCUCCGCGAACGUCAAGAGCUCAAACUCCAAGAAGCCACUGCGCGCAUGGAGCAGGAACUCGAGAAGAUGAGCCAGCAGCAUGUCCAAGAUAUCAGCAAUCUCCGGGUUGAGCAGCAGCGCGAAGAGGUCUCUUUUCUGCAGGCAUUGGAUGCGAAAAAGACCGCUCUCCGAUACCGCUGGCAUCUCGAAGAAGCGAUCCUCCGUUGCCAACUCGAAACGCAGCAUGGUCAGUUGUAUGGCCCGCUGCCUCCGCUGACAUUUACCGGCCAAUCCUCAGAGACGACAGCCACGCCGCCGAUCUCUAUCCCGGAACGAUCUUCGUCUCUGGCCGGGCUGGCGCUUUAG